UAGCCCUCCUUCCCGUCUCCGCUUUCCCCCAUCAUCCCUUGCGCCCCCUCUCUCUUCUCCCUCUUCCUUUGCAGCCAUCGCGGUCGCGGGUUGCCGGAGCGCGGCCAUGUCAUCCCACAAGACAUUCAAGAUCAAGCGGUUUCUUGCUAAGAAGCAGAAGCAGAACCGGCCCAUCCCACAAUGGAUCCGCAUGAAAACUGGCAAUAAGAUCAGGUACAACUCCAAGAGGAGACACUGGAGGAGGACCAAGCUGGGCUUGUAAAGCGAAGCCGCUCCAAUCCUGUCAACGUGCCCAUCCCACAGCAGGCACUCAAGCCCCAGGAUGACCUGCCAGUCUGCCAGAGCCCUGUUUUCAGGGCUGAAUCCUGUCAUGCGUUGUGCAGUUUUCCUUUCUUUUCUAAAACCUUUAUUUUCAUAAGGAGUUUCUGAAAGAAUUAAAACUGAAUAAUGAAGAG